AUGCGUGUUGAUAGUCAACGCUUCUUUGCUGUCUUCAUCCAGUUCGAGCUGCAGAUAGGCCUCUCGAAGGACCCGCUCGAGUUCCCGGCCCACGACCUGAAGUUGCUGCCGCAGGACCUGCAGCUCAGGACCGCCGUGGCCUUGGGCGCGGAACAGAAUACCACUCAGAAGGACGUCGUCAAAGUGGACGUGAAAAGACCUUGCUCGGACGCGGUCAGAGCCGACCUGGCGGCAGGCGACGGUAGCGAGCGCGGCAGGGGCGUUUGGAUGGACUUGGAGCGCGACUCUAUCGACCAGACCAUCCAAAUCACACAGGAGCCCUACAAAGGUGGGCCGGGAUUCGCGGCCUAUCUGUCGCCGCCCGCGGGCACUCCGUCGCCAGCGUCCGGUAACCAGCCGAGUACUUCGCCGGGCACCGCGUGCACGGCGUCGUCACCGACGGGCGGCUUCAGCCCGCACACGGCCGGCCUGAGCCCGCAGACGCCGGCCGGCGGCGCCGACCGGGCCGGGCUCGACUGGCUCACCACUGACAUCGAGCUCAUCUCCGCCGUUCAAAAGGCAAACGGUAGUCCUAACCAAAUGAAGUUUUGGUUGUCCGUUCAGCGGGACAUCGCCGGCAAGCCCAGAAACCAGAGACAGAGGCGUAGCCUUAUGAAGAAGGCCGAUGCUCUUCGCCGGAAAUUCGCAAACAACAAACAGUUUUCCAGCUGGCGAGCUCGGACCCCCUGGUGCCUCUGCCGACAUGUGCCUGCAAGAAACCGGCGCUGAUGGACAUCAAGCUCCAGCCAAUCAAGCGCCUACAAGCUGCUCUGGCCGCGAACGUGUAUCUGGCGACAUUGAACCGUCACUAGAAGCACCGGCACUGUGGCCCCGGUCGGUUCGUGGCGUCCCCGUCUGGAUCUUCGCUGGACAUCCGGAUCUUCGCUGGACAUCCUCGCUGGACCAUCGGCGCCGCCGGCCGGCGUCUGCGGGCUCAGGCCGGCCGUGUGCGGGCUGAAGCCGCCCGUCGGUGACGACGCCGUGCACGCGGUGCCCGGCGAAGUACUCGGCUGGUUACCGGACGCUGGCGACGGAGUGCCCGCGGGCGGCGACAGAUAGGCCGCGAAUCCCGGCCGGUCUGUGGCAUCUCCGUCGGGAUCUUUGCUGGACGUUCUCGCUGCCGCUGGACGUUCGUGCUUUUGCAGCGGUGGUGGAUGAUCAGAAACGUGUACUCAGAAUUUCGCUGCACGAUAAGUUGAAGGAAGGAUCCCUCGUGCAUCUACUUUGAUACCAUGCCAUUUGCGAUUGCGCCGAAGCCCUCGAGACCGCGUUGGUUCAAUUUAUGCUAGUUGUUGCGCUAUGCGGACGUCAUGCGCUCGUGAGCCUUCACGCAACCCUCCGUGCAGUACGAUCUUUGUGUUUGCUCUUUCUUUAUGUCUGGAUCGGUUUCUCGUCUUUUACGGGAUGCAAGUUGCAACUAACGGUGAUUGUACGCGGCAGUCGCUUUUACUCAGGUUGUGACUAGUAUAGAAACACCAUGUAUUUUUGGAGUGUGGAACAACCGUAUUGUACUGAAAUAGAACUAUUACAUAAAAAAUUGAUAAUGGUUGAUUGGUGAAUCGAUGCG